GAGGCAGGAAAUCAUAGACCUAGAAGAGACUCUUGGGUGAUAAGUAGUUUCCUGAACACUUUAAAAGGACUUUUCAAAACUAUUUAACGCAGAUAACUCACAUUUGUGGACAAAGGUAGAUGGCCACAGCAUGGACCCUGGUUACACUUUGUGUGAAUUUGGCUGACUUCUCUGCACCAAUGUAAUGAUGACACUUCUUACCCAAGAGAUAUCCUGUACGUCCAUACUGGCCUUGCAGUGAGUUAUUUGAUAGAAGCACAUUAUGCUACAGCUCUUUUCUGACUGUUCUUGUUCAUACAGUGAACCUACACAUCUAGGCUGUACUAGAAGUCAUGGACCAAGCUUUAUCUUCAGUAAAGAGGCAGAGCCGUCUACAGGAAAGACGAGGUUCAAAUGUGGCACUUACCCUCGAUGUCAGCUCUCUAGGCAAUGUAGAACCUAUCAAAAAUAUUUUCACUCCCAGAGAGAUCACACUUCAUGUUCUGAGGACCACUGGACGAUGCUUAUCCAAAGAAGAGCUUGUGGAAGAAGUAAAGAGCGGACACUCCUUAGCAGAUGAGUAUUCUAAAAUUCCCCCAAAUUUUGUGACUACAGAAGAACUGGAAGUUCCUGGACACGCCUCAAAAGACAGAUACAAAACAAUUUUACCUAAUCCACAAACCCGAGUUCGCCUUAAGCAUUUUGAAAAUAGGAAUAAUGGGAGCAACUACAUCAAUGCAAAUUAUAUCAAGGAUUUUGAAGGAGCUGAGAAGGUGUAUAUUGCCACACAGGGGCCAAUGGCUAAUACAGUGAAUGACUUCUGGGAAAUGGUCUGGCAGGAGUCUUCUCCAAUAAUUGUUAUGAUCACAAAAUUAAAGGAAAAAAAAGAGAAGUGCAUUCUGUACUGGCCUGAGAAAGAAGAGGUCUAUGGGAGGUUUGAGAUUCGAGUGAACAGUGUAGAAGAAUACAGUGAGUACACCAUCCGGGAUCUGACUAUCAAGCUUGAAGAUGAAAGUCGAAGUGUGAAGCAUUACUGGUACUCUUCAUGGCCUGAUCACGAGACUCCCCACUGUGCACAGUCACUGCUACAGCUGGUUGAAGAUGUUGAAAAGACCAGACAAGCUCUAAAAUGCAAAGGUCCAGUCAUCGUCCACUGCAGUGCAGGAAUUGGCCGGACUGGUUGUUUCAUUGCUGUCAGCAUUGGCUGUCAACAGCUCAAGCACAAGGCGGAAGUGGAUAUUCUCAGAAUCGUAUGCCAGCUCCGUAUUGACAGAGGUGGCAUGAUUCAGACCUAUGAACAGUACCAAUUUGUGCACCAAACGUUAUCUUUGUAUGCAGAGAAACUCUCCAUGGAAGCAGAUCAAUGACUCCUCAGUGUUCCUUCAUUACCUUUCCACAGAAGCACCAACCUCAACACUGGAUUAGUUGUGAGGGUUACAGAAUAGAUGACCUGCUGUUGUGUAUUAGCAGUGGAUGUACUGAAAAACGAAAUCAAGCAGUGACACUAGACUAAAUGAAAUAUUUAUUUUACAAAAAAUCUAAAACUGGCUAAGAAAUACAAACUGCAGGCUAAGGGUAAGAUACCACAGUUUAAGUUGGAAAUGUUUAAACAAGUAUGUCAGUGAUCUAAAUAAGGAGUCAUCCAAAAAUAUUUCUUGCUAUAAGGACAUAAUAACAUAAAGGGCAUUGCCUCAUGAUGGGGCACUGUUUUGAUAGUGGUGACUUAACCAAGAAAAUGUUGCAUGAAGUGAUGUUCCUAAAGAAAACCUACAGUGUUAAUACAUUCUUUGACAAAGGGGAUGCUUGUCAUUUAAACUGAAAACACAGGAAAUUCCUGUCAAAGUGACAGGAAUAAAUGAGAAAGGGUAUCAGAACACUUUCUGGUAAACAAAACAGACACAUUACAACUAAAUGUGAUAUACAUUUGGCUUUUAUGAUUUGUCUUUUUUAGACCAGCAUACAAAACUUGCCAUCACUUGCAACACUUGCUCCACAGCAGUGUUUUGAACGCUCUCUGUGUCCAAACCUGAGAAUUUUUGUUCUUACAUUUGAAGAUGUAUGCUUUGGAUGUUCUAUAAUGAUCCUUUGGCUAUGCAAGUCAUAGGCACCACUCUGAAAUCUGGCAGCUGCUUUUGCUGCAUCUGUGAAAUAGCUAUAUUAUGUGUAUGUCCACACGUACCCACUCAGUUCCAGGUGUGCCACCGUAUGUGCAUACCUUAAUUUAAAAGGCACCACAGGUCACUCAAAACCUUUGUAGUCAUACUUCCUGCUAUGCACAGUUCUGAGUUUAAGUGCAAAUCAGUAUAUUACUUACGUUUGUUCAUUUCACACCCACAAUGAAAUACAGACAUACACCCAUACAGACAGAUAGACACACGUGCGCGCACGCACACACACACACACACACACACACACACACACACACACAUACACACUUACAUACCUAAAUACGCAACAACACAAAAACAACCUUACACAACUCUAUAUAUACAAAAUCAUGCCCUCACUUAAGAAAAAUACAUAUGUUAACAAGCAAAAUGGCUCAGUGGUAAUGCUGUGAAAAACAAAAUCAGUUUCAUGUAAGAUGUGCUGUACCAGCAAAAAGAGAAUUAAGUAUUCACCGUAACUCAUAUUUCAUGUGAAACAUCCAUGCCACCUUAAAAUGGAAAUAAGACUGCUGCUGUGCUAAACAGAAUAUAUGCAGUAUAGUAUGGAUAUUAUAUAAGUAUAACCAAAACAAUAAGCAGUAUUCACGAUGGACGGCUCCAACCAGCAA